AUGCAUGCGAGAUGGGAUUUGGGAUCGAUGGCAGUGCGACUCGGAAGAGGACCCCGUCGACAAGGCAUUGGUCAUUGUGUUCCCGGUUCCUACGAGAUCGGUGAUGUGACACCUCAGUUACCAAGAGCCUGGGAUUUUGCUUUUCCGGGAAUAUUGGUUGUCUCUCCUCGAGACAUGGCAGCAGUGUAUGGACAACACAGUUGGAAAACACAGUGGGACGACCCUUUCCACGACUCGAGGCUGCAAGAAGAAUCAAUAAACAGAAUCAAUAGUGAAUUCUCACUUUCAUCAAGAAUCAAUGGUGAAUCUUCCAUUUUAUUACAGGCUAAACGCCAACUCGCCAACUCGCCAAUCCUCGCGCGUUCUGCGAGGAGACCUCCGAGGACACCAGCACCAAUGCCGGCCGCAUAUUUAGGAGCUGCACCAGCAGUAGGAGUCGGAGAAGCAGCCGCAGGAGCAGCAGCAGAAGAAGCGGCGCUAGGGGAUGCGCUGGGCGUAGCAGAAAUCCGUCACACCGUUCGCAGAGCAGAUGUUUUGAGCAAAUGUGACGACCCCGGUCUGCUCUUCUUUCGUGCAGCUCUUAACCAGGCAGCACGCGAUGGAGUCCAGAAAGCUAUCAUUGGCACAGAUGCAGUCGACGCUCAAUCUGUCGCAGCCCUCGAGGGGAAAAAGAUCGUUGAGGAAAUGAGGGGUUUCCCCGGUACCUACAGCGAUCGUUUGCCCCCCUCCAGUCGUGUAUUCAAGAACACAUGGAGUCUAAAGAUAAAGGUCAGUACAAGCUGCUGCGGUCCUAGAGCCUGGAUCCUAGAUUUGACUGACAGCACAAGAUGGCAGGCCGCUGAACUGGGCGUGUCCCAGAGAAGCCAGCGCGCUGACGAGUGA